ACGUUGAAACUCCACCCAUCCACAUCAUCAGUAAGCGUUAAGCUAGCCUAUAACAGCGACCUGCAACCAGUCAUUGUCAUCACAUUUGAAAGGCUUCUCUGUCAGGCUUAUCCCAUAGAGAACUUCAUUUAUAUGUUCUGCUGACGUCUGCUGACGAAGACAGCAGACAUGAAUUGGUCUGCACUGGAGGUCCUCGUCAGCGGGGUCAAUAAAUACUCCACUGCGUUCGGCCGCGUCUGGCUCUCCGUGGUCUUUGUCUUCCGGGUGAUGGUGUUCGUGGUGGCGGCUCAGCGAGUGUGGGGUGACGACAGCAAGGACUUUGUGUGCAACACGGCCCAGCCCGGCUGCACCAACGUGUGCUACGACGCCGUCUUCCCCAUCUCCCACAUCCGCCUGUGGGCCCUGCAGCUCAUCUUUGUCACGUGUCCCUCCUUGAUGGUGACGUGUCACGUAAAAUAUCGUGAGAAGAAAGACCUGGAGUACACCACCUCACACAAGGGGGCUCAUCUGUACGCCAACCCUGGGAAGAAACGUGGAGGUCUGUGGUGGACCUAUUUGGUCAGCCUGUUUUUCAAGGCAGGCUUUGAUGCCGGCUUCCUCUACAUCCUCCACUAUAUUUAUGAAGGCUUCGACCUGCCCAAAAUGUCUAAGUGCUCUCUGGAGCCGUGCCCCAACACGGUGGACUGCUUCAUUUCCCGGCCUACCGAGAAAAAAAUCUUCACCAUCUUCAUGGUGGCCUCCUCAGCCGUCUGCAUCUUAAUGUGCAUUUGUGAAAUGAUUUACUUCAUCUGCAAACGCAUGUUGAAAAUCAGAAGAAGGAGGAAUGAAAUGCUGAGGAAGGAAUUCGCCGACAAUCAAGAAAUGACAGCACUGGUGGCACCCAGGUCGGAGUUCAGGUCCAAAACUUUGAUCCGAAUGGACCCCACCGCCUCGAUACACAACCUCAAUAACAUGACGGCUGAGGAUCUUAGAAACAAUUCACAUGAAAAUGGCAAGUUGGAGAACAUUUAAGGAGCUAAGAAUCUCUCAGAUUCUGUGGAUGGCAGCUGUUCAGAAACUUAAUCGAUUCAAUGAUGACUGGAAUGGCUUCCUGCUUGAAGGCAUCAUUUAAACAUGUAAAUACAUGCAAACACACGCAGCAUGAGAAAUGCAUAAACAUUUAUUCACUACUCUUUACACAACAUACUGUACAUAUUGAAAAGAAACAAAUUACAUUCUCCCAUCCCUCAUGCACUCAACAAAGACUUUACAGUCCGUAUACUCAAAGUGUAGGACAAAAGUAAACAUAAACUACAACACAAAACAUGUUUGCGUCUAAAUGCUCCAAAUACUAGCUGGUCCUAAUUCUCCUUGUUUUGGUCCACACAUAUCUCGUUAUUCAGGAAAAUCAACUGAACUAAAGUAUAAUGGCAUUGUAAUAUUCAUGCUACCCAUGUCAUAAUUCAUUAAUUCAUUCAUCUUCCGUUCCGCUUAUCCUCACAAGGGUCGCGGGCAUGCUGGAGCCUAUCCCAGCAAUCUUCGGCCGAGAGGCGGUGUACACCUGAACUGGUCGCCAGCUAAUAGCAGGACACAUAUAAACAAACAACCAUUCGCACUCACAUUCAUAUCUACGGGCAAUUCAGAGUCUUCAAUUAACCUGCCAUGCAUGUUUUUGGGUAUGUGGGAGGACACCGGAGUACCCCGAAAAACCCACGCAGGCACGGGGAGAACAUGCAAACUCCACACAGGCGAGGCCGGGAUUUGAACCCUGGUCCCCAGAACUGUGAGGCAGACGCUCUAACCAGUCGUACACCGUGUCACCCCAUGUCAUAAUAUUUCAGAAAUUGUAUCCCAAAGCUGAGCUUCUCUUUAAAGGGGAACAUUCGAGUCAUAUCAUUUGGUUUAUUCCACCAACUGAUUAUGAUGUUUUUAUUUUGUAUUUAGCAAAGAAGCUCCAUAAAGAUAUAUUUUUUUACUUUUUUUUCCCCCAUUUGCAUUCUUUAUGUUGACCUUGUUUGUAAAACAGUACAUAAAGGGGUAAAUGGGUUUUCAUUUGUGUAAGUCUUGUCCACCUUUAAGGCACUCAAAGCACUUUAACACUGUCUCAUGCUUCAACUAUUGAUGACGCAGCAACAGGAGCGAUUGGGGAUUCUGUAUCUUGCUCAAGGCCACUUCGGCAUCGUCACAGGGCACAGGAUCAAAUCCACAAACUUUAAGAUUGUGAGAUGACAACUACCACCUGGGCUAUGAUGGCUCAAUAAAAUCUCUUUUAGUUUCAUUUUCGGUCAUGGCGGAAAAUCACCCUGAACAGUUGUUACAGCAAAACAAGUUUAAUUGGAUUCUUAAUUGUGGAAAAUAUCAAAAGUGGAAUUCUGAACUAUGAGAGUCAACUGUAACCUCUAAUUGACUAGUUCCAUUUUCAACACUUACCUGUAAGAUAUAAGCCUUUGUGUUAAUUACGUUCCAAACAUACAAACAUAUAACUUUUCAUCUUGCCACUGUUACGAUUAUAAUCAUGCACUGGGUAGUCACUUUUUAAUGCCAUUUUUCUUUUUUUUUCUUUUUUUGUGACAUUGUGCAUGCAAAUAUAUGUUUAUGUGGUUAAAGAGCCCAACGAGAGAAUGUACAGUAUGUGAUGAAAGUAAACAAUAUGGUAAUGACAUAUCUGUACAUAAUGAUGUUUGCUUAAAUUUCUUUAAUAAAGGGUGAAUCCUGGUCUGCCACUUUAGUCAGUCAAAAAAAAAUAAUAAUAUCCACAGCUGGAUGAAUGUUCUUUGGACAACUGAGACAAAACCAAGGUUUAUUUUUGCAGAUGGUAAAAUGAAAGGACUGUAGCUUUUGUGAAACAUGUAUAUCGCCCAUGUUCUGGGGUUGCUUUGUUACAUCUGAAGAGUUUCAAAGGCAUUGUGCAUCAAAAUAAUAAGUUAGUGGUACAAGACUUUCAUUACUGUUUUUGUUUUUUAAGUCUUUUGAGUCCUUUAACAUCAAGCUACCAACAAUUUUGUCCAUGUGUCUAGUUUUACGCGUGAGUACACACCCCAAGGUACAAAACAGCAAAGGAAUGAAGUAAAACAUGCCAGCGAAAGUGCAAGCAACCUGACUAAUGUGACUAAUAAACAGAAGUGUGUUGAUUUUCACUGAAAGGGAUUAUCUAUGGCAUGAUGAGAAGAAAUGUAGAUGCAAAACGUUUGUUUGGUGUUUUCAACAGGAUCGCCAUUUGGACCCAAAUUAUGUUCCAAAAGUGUCCAAACUGACUGAUUUGUAUUGCUUAUUAUCUAUUAAAAAGAUCUAUAGUA